UGUGCUUUUUUUUUUACUCGUCUACUUUGGUGAAACGAACAGGAUCGACACGACUCUGAAACUACUGCGAUUAUUAAAGCAGGAAACCCAUUAUGAACGGACAACACGGUACACCACGGCACAGCACGGCACCAGCCACUUUGCUUUGUAUUGAUUUAAAUGGAUCGUAACCAACUAUGAACGCACGGCACGGCUCGGCACAGGUCGGCACAGAAACGGAACGGCCAGAAUAUAUAACAUUAUUUCUGUUCGUCUCGAACGAGUAGUACGACUUUGGUUACAUAGAGUUGAACAUCUUUUUUAUAAAUUUAAUAUUUUAAUUUGAUUACAAUGAACACGGAUGAACUUCUCAUAGAAUCAGUGCGAGAAUAUCCAUUCCUUUACGACGUUUCAGAUCCUGGAUAUCAUGAUAACAGAAAAAAGGACAAUGCAUGGCAACGAAUUUCAGAAAAAUUUGAUUCUUCGACAGCCAUAAUUUGCAGAAAAAGAUGGAUCGCUCUUCGAGACAGUUUUCGAAAGGUAUACAAGAAAAGAAGAAAUAUGUCUGGAGAGGCGGCUAAACAAAAACGACCUUGGAAAUAUGAAAAUAUAAUAUCUUUUAUCAUUCCACAUAUUGGAGAAAGAAAUCAGAUUACAAAUCUAACGCUUAAUUUUGAAGAAAGCAAUGAUUCUGUUAGUCAAACAGUUUCGUUAGACGAUUCGGACAUCAAUAUUGGUGAUAUCAAAAAAGAAAUAGAAAUUGCACCACAAGUAUUACAGCAAUCUAAUGAUCAGUCUCAACAAACGAUUCUCAAUAAACGAAAAUCUUUAUCCAACAAGCUAACAAGUUGCACUUCGACUGAAAAAGAUAACGACAAAGAUAACGUUCAUUCUUCGGUAGUACAAACGCUACAGGAUAAUUUCGAGAGUAAAAAAAACAAUUCCAAUGAAUAUGGCGCUCAAACCGAUCCUUUGACUGCUUUUUUCAAAGCUAUGGAGGAAACAGUGAGAACUUUUUCUUUACCGAUCCAAAUAGAAAUUAAAGGAAAAAUUGCUGGUCUUGUAAACGAAUAUGAAUUAAAAAAUUAUCAAAUGCAACAGGCAACUUUCAAAUCUCCUUACUCUUUACACGGACAAUGUUCAAAUUGGUCGCAUUCCACAUAUUCGCCUGAUCCGUACUCUUCAACUUCUCCACCUCCAAAUUCUCCUCGAUAAACUUUCUCGCAACAUCAGUUUUAUGAACAAAUAAAUCAACUACAAUUAGAUCUUCUCUUAAUUAUUCCGAUAAAAUUAA